UGUUUUCACAAUCAUGACCUAGAGCGGGUUGACUGAAAAUAAUUAUUCAGAAAGGGAGGAUACCAAACAAUACGUUUCUUUUUCAAGGAAAUAAAAUGCAAAGUGGCUUCCCAAGGCAGUAUAAAAGGAGACACCUCUCAUAGGCACUUGCAUUGGCAGAGAAGGGCAGGGCUGUGUACUUGCAGAGCUUUAUACUACUAUACACUGCAGAUGAAAGCUCUGGAUACAAGAACAGAUUUACGUGUUACCAUGGUUCAUCUACAAAAGUGGGAAGCUGUUUGGAUAAUCUGAACGGUGUGGGAUUGCUGAGGGUGUAUCAAAAAUGGAGUACACUGAUAAGGAGGAACAUCAUGAAGAAACAGAUCCCUCUCCUGACCCGUGCUGUGAGGAAGGAAAGAACACUCCAGCAGCACCACAGUCCGACCUGAGACGCUGUUUGAAGAAUCUUGUGGGAUGGCUGAGAGUGUUUCUGCAAUGGAUAACAAUGAUGUGGAGGAACAUCAUGGAGUAUCAGAUUCCUUCCCUGACCCGUGCUGUGAGGAAGGAAAGAACACUCCAGCAGCACCAGAGUCCGAACGAACAUCAUGAAGAAACAGAUCCCUCUCCUGACCCGUGCUGUGAGGAAGGAAAGAACACUCCAGCAGCACCACAGUCUGACCAUGUUCCUCCACCAGGGAAAGUAGCUGGGUGUAGACUACAGUUAGAUUACUCAGGCUGUGAAACAAACAGCGGCAGUUUGACUGUUGAUAACGCAGAAACUGUCACAGUUAAGGCACUGAUUCGCGGGACUGAGUGUACCAUCAGUUUCAAAAAGAUUGCAGACAAUGGAAAUCAAAGCGAAGCAACCUCGCUAUCUGUCUUCACAGUGAGACGCUGUUUGAAGAAUCUUGUGGGAUGGCUGAGAGUGUUUCUGCAAUGGAUAACCCUGAUGUGGAGGAACAUCAUGGAGUAUCAGAUUCCUUCCCUGACCCGUGCUGUGAGGAAGGAAAGAACACUCCAGCAGCACCAGAGUCCGAACGAACAUCAUGAAGAAACAGAUCCCUCUCCUGACCCGUGCUGUGAGGAAGGAAAGAACACUCCAGCAGCACCACAGUCUGACCAUGUUCCUCCACCAGGGAAAGUAGCUGGGUGUAGACUACAGUUAGAUUACUCAGGCUGUGAAACAAACAGCGGCAGUUUGACUGUUGAUAACGCAGAAACUGUCACGGUUAAGGCACUGAUUCACGGGACUGAGUGUACCAUCAGAUUCACAAAGAUUGCAGACAAUGGAAAUCAAAGCGAAGCAACCUCGAUAUCUGUCUUCACAGUGAGACGCUGUUUGAAGAAUCUUGUGGGAUGGCUGAGAGUGUUUCUGCAAUGGAUAACCCUGAUGUGGAGGAACAUUAUGGAGUAUCAGAUUCCUUCCCUGACCCGUGCUGUGAGGAAGGAAAGAACACUCCAGCAGCACCAGAGUCCGAACGAACAUCAUGAAGAAACAGAUCCCUCUCCUGACCCGUGCUGUGAGGAAGGAAAGAACACUCCAGCAGCACCACAGUCUGACCAUGUUCCUCCACCAGGGAAAGUAGCUGUGUGUAGACUACAGUUAGAUUACUCAGGCUGUGAAACAAACAGCGGCAGUUUGACUGUUGAUAACGCAGAAACUGUCACGGUUAAGGCACUGAUUCAUAGGACUGAGUGUACCAUCAGUUUCAAAAAGAUUGCAGACAAUGGAAAUCAAAGCGAAGCAACCUCGCUAUCUGUCUUCACAGAGCCACGCACUCCUGUCAAUCAGGUCAGCAGCAAGCCAGAGUCUCUGCCUUCGGACCCACCAGCUGCUGAGAUGAUCAUUGCAACGUUGUGCAGUAAAACUCUGCAAGAGAAUGAUGAUGGAACAUUAAGCAAGCCUGUACCAUCUGCCCCCAAAGAGAAGCAGCUAGAGAGGCUUUUGGAGGAACUGGGGUUGGAUCACCACUACAGAGAGAAGCUGUCCCUAAGCACACUUCUGAGGAUUGACCAGAAGACCUUUACAGAUGAACCUGCCAAAUGUAAUUCAGAUCUUCCAUGGUAUUUUCUGAAGAAACUAAUGAUGGUUAAUGUGACAGCUAGGAAUGUGAAAUAUACACCUGCACACAAGUCCAACUGUGAGGAUCACACAGAUGGUCUUGAUGACUUAGACGAAAAAACACAUUCAGGUGACAAACUGAAUCCCCUUGAUAUUAUAACUGCUCUCUUCCUGUGCUCUGAUGGUUUUGUACAGCAGGAAAUGGCCCUCAAAAUGUCCAUGUGUCAGUUUUCCGUGCCUCUGUUGCUUCCCAACUGUGACACAAAGCAGUGCACACUCAUGCUUUGGGCCAUGAGAGACAUUGUUAAAAAGUACAGACCUCGGUACCUUUUAGAAUCCAAGGGAUUUAUUGAAGAGAGAAUUGUUGUCUCCGAACUUCCAAUGAUAUCUUUUGUGAGACUGGGUGAGUGCUCCUUGUCCAAGUCAGAGAUCCUCAAUAAGCUUCUGAGCAACUCUCAGCAGAACCAUGACACCUUUGUUCACCGUAACAUGGAGGGUGGUGACAGUCCAAGGAGAAUAUCCAAUGGAUUGGUGGAAAUGACUUGGUACCUCCCUUGUGGGAACAAAAACAUGGACGUCUUCAGCGAGCCAGUUGCUGUAGCUAACCUUCGUGGGGACAUUGCUUCAUUUGAAACACAAUUUUCUUUCUUGUGUCAGACAUCUGCAGCAGUUUUUGUGUUCUUUGAUGCUUUGGACUCUGAGUGUGAGCUGCUAACCAACCAACAACACAAGGCACAGAUCUUCUUGGUGGGCAACCGUCAAAGCAAAGAUUUCAAAUCAGAUGCUGUAAAAAAGGUAGCAACCAAGUUGAGCUUAACCAAGAGCAACAUCCUUCUGAAAGAUAAGCACAUAAAUGAUGCAAACUUUGUCAAAGAUUUGCGGGAAAAAGUCAGCAAUGCAUUUGAAAACACAAAGGUGAAGAUGGGAAUUGAGAAGAUGGCUGACAUUGCACAUGAACAUGGAAUCUGUGUUGAUGAAGACUCUCCAGACUGCCAGAAUGCGAAGAAAAACGCAGAUGCCAUCACUGCAGAAAUUCAAGACCUUCUUGAAUACAAAGAAGCUCAGCUUCCCUUGCAAGGACAAAUAUGGAAAGACCUCACUCGCUUAGAGAAGGAAGAAUUCCGGCUUCAGAAAGUUGGGUCUGAAAAAAAUAUAGAAAAGUACAAAAGUGAUCUUCGGCUACAGAAAAAAGAACUUCGGAAAAAACAGAACUCUCAGUACAUGUCGAAGGCAAUGACAUGUUUCAUCAAUGCAAUAUCAAGCCCAGGGAUAGAGAGGUGCUAUUUCCUGAAAUGGAUGCGAAUGAACCUCGAUAACGUGUCUCGGGAAAAACUCUUUGACCUCAGGGAGCAGUACAAAGAAAAAUGCAGAAACUCUGAGAACAAAAAGGAGAUCAAGGAGAUUGAGGAACAACUUUCCAACAGCUCAUUAGGGACUGAACACUUCUUCUGUGAAAUGGGCCAGAUCUAUGAAGCUUCCCUUUCCCUUCCUGAAACAGACCCAGCACGUCAACAACUACAGCAUCUCCCCAAGCUAUGUGCAGGAUUAAUGCUUGCUGGAUUUCCACUUGAGCUUGUAGAUGGAGAAGCAUCCAACAUACCUCUCAGAUGGGUGAGUGACGUUCUCUCUCAGCUCAAUGACUUGGUGUCUCCUAAGAACAAGAUCCUGGUAGUCACAGUUCUUGGAGUUCAGAACACAGGAAAGUCCACUCUCCUCAACACCAUGUUUGGAGUGCAGUUUGCAGUCAGCAGUGGUCGAUGCACUCGAGGUGCCUUUAUGUUGCUGAUUCAAAUCAAUGAAGAUGUCAGAAAAGACCUCAACUGUGACUUCAUGGUGAUCAUUGACACUGAGGGCUUAAAGUCACCAGAACUCGCACAACUGGACAAUAGCCACGAGCACGACAAUGAGCUUGCAACACUUGUUGUGGGGCUGAGUGAUAUCACCAUCAUCAAUGUUGCAUGCAAUUCAACAUAUAUGAAGGACAUCCUACAGAUAGUUGUACACACUUUCCUCAGGAUGAAAGAGGUGGGGAAAAAGAAGCCCAAAUGUCAGUUUGUUCACCAGAAUGUGUCCGAUGUUUCAGCCCAUGAUAAGAACAUGCGAGACAGGAAACUGCUCCUGCAGCAGUUAAACGAGAUGACCCAGGCAGCAGCCAAAAUGGAAAAGAAAGAAAAGUACUCGAGCUUCACUGAUGUGAUGGAGUACAGUCCAGACACUGGAAGCUGGUACAUUCCUGGACUCUGGAAUGGAAACCCACCGAUGGCACCAGUCAAUGCAGGCUACAGCGAGGCUGUCUAUGAGCUCAAGAAGAACAUAAUCCACAUUUUGGGAAGUUGUGGAUCAUCAGCUAAUAAUAUCUUGGACUUUACUGAGUGGAUGAAGAGCCUGUGGACUGCAGUAAAACAUGAAAACUACCUCUUCAGCUUCAGAAACAGUCUCGUGGCUGAUGCAUACAUGAGGCUGUGCACAGAAUUCAACAAAUGGGAAUGGGAAUUCAAAAAAGAAAUGUACACAUGGGUUACACAAGCUGUAACAAGAAUCUCCAACUUCGGUACACCUGCUGAUAAAUCCAACAAAUCUGACAUGAGAGAACUUCUCAUGCUAUUGAAAAGCGAAGCUUUGAUAGAGCUGUCUAAAUGGGAGACAAAGCUUCUUGGAAAUCUGGAACAGUACUUCAAGGAAAAAGAGGGUCAUGUCGAUCUUGUUGAAGGAUACAGACAGGAGUUUGCAAACAGUGCAAGGAGCCUUCGAGGAGAAAUGGAAAGGUCUGUGUCUAAUCAACUCACAGCAGCAGCUGACAUCAGACAGGGGAUGACAGAACUUGAUAGAAUCAAGGAGAAACACACAAAGGAAUUAGAGGGCAACGUUUGUGCAUUGAUUGAAGAAUGUAGGAAGAAAAACAUCAAGAUGAAAGAGGAAGAGCUGGACAAAGAAUUUGACAAGAUGUGGACUCAAACAGUGACUCACCUAUCCUGUUCAGAAUUGAAGGUGGGGGACAUUUUCACCAGUGUGUCUCACCACCUGAGAACAAAUCUAAAACAAAAGGGAAGUCAAGCGAAUGAUUUGUUGAGUAACAAAACCCUGAAAGAGUGUGGACGGUUGCCUUUUAAAUAUACUGCAGGAAUUGUCAAGCGAUAUAUAGACCUAUUCAGUGCUCAAAGUCACACAAAGGCUGUACAACAAACAGCUGACAGCAUCAUUACAGAUUGCUCAGAGAUGAUGACUGACAAAAUGCAAAGAAAGAGUAAUUACCAUGAUACCUACAUUGAGGAGAUUCUAAACAUGAUUGAUGAGAAGCUGCAAAACAAUCAGGAAGUUGACAUCACUUUUGAAGUCUCUCUGAAACUGCACAUCUGUGGAGACGCAGCCAGAAGGUUUCAGAAAAUGCAUGAAGAUUUCAUCCAUGAGAAUGAUCCCUACAGAUGUCUGAACGAAAACAAAGAAACGUUUCGUUCUAAUUUUAAAGAUGUGUUCCAUCAUGUAGUCCAGUGCCAGAAGAAAGCAGAAGAAUUCACAGACCGAUGCUUGAAGCCUGCAGUCGAAGGCUUUGUCAACCGUUUCCUGGGUCCUGAUAUCAUUGGUGAAAUGAAGACAAGUGAGCAGUUCAGGACAAGAAUGUCCUUCCAGUAUUCAGUUUUACUGGAUCUGCUCUCAGAGGAUGACUUUAAAAAGUACCUGAUUAUUUGCUCCUAUGAGAAUUAUGUAAAGAAUUGGAUACUCAACAAAAUAGUGGAACGCUUCUCAAAUGGCUCUACGAUGUUCGAGGAACAACAUCUCCAGUCAUGUGUCUACAGCAUAAAUAAUGCUAUCCAGAAAGCUCAAACAGAAAAGUGUGGCAACUUGAAGUCAUUUGUUGAAGUUGUCUGUCAGGAGCUUGGUGACAAACUGGUCAUUUCCCAGGAUGCUCUUGGUAAAUUCAUGAUCCUGAACAAUGCCAACCAGGAACAGUUUGCUCACAGGCUCACUGAGUGUGUGAAGGAGAUGGCACAAGCUCUGAGAGAGACGUUUAAGGAAACAAACAUCCAAACUAAACUACAGAACCUUCAGGUGAAUCCUCACCACGAGCUUUUCGUCAUACUGAUUGGAUGUGGUGAACAGUGUCCGUUCUGCAAAGUGCCCUGUGAGGCAGGAGGAAGAGCCCACAUGGAGCACUUCGCUUCACUUCAUCGCCCAAAUGGUCUGGUUCGAAAUAGAUCGGAAGAGACACAAAAACUCACAAUUGACUUAUGUUCUUCCUCUGUGAACAGUGACAUGCUUUUUCGCAACAGUGAUUCAAAGGAUAAAUGGCAUCCUUUCAAGUCUUACAGACAAAUUUAUCCGCACUGGAAAAUCCUACCAGAUGCAAGCCUCCAGGCCUCAGACUACUGGAAAUAUGUAAUGGCAAAGUUCAAUGAUGAGUUUGCAGAAGCAUACGAUGCAAAGCCUGCUGAUAUUCCUGCAGCUUGGAAAGAAAUCACAAAGGAGCAAGCAGAGGCAAGCCUCAAAGAGUCAUUUUCUAUCAAAUGAGAAACUACAAGCUUUGUGCUCACAGAGGGUCACGUCCUCCUCAUUACAGUCAUCAUCCUCUCAUGGAUAUUUAGAUUACACUUGAUUCAUAUGAAGAGAAGCACACAGAGUAACAUGCUGUUUGUGAGAUGGCAAGAUUGACCAUAUCUUUUCCCCACAAUAACUUACAAGGAAUUUGUAAAUGUUUCAGUUUGAUUAAAUCAGACUUUGUAUCCUA